CGAUAUUAUCGGACAUCCCUAGUUUUGGCUGCUUUUGUCAUUGGUUUAAAUACACUUAUUUUGACUAACUUCAUUUUUAAACGUUUUAUUAAUUAUUGUUGGGCCUGUUAUAGAUACCUUCUACAGCCAAACACUUGAGAUGGAUUCCUCCCUUGAGAUGGAAAAACCGCAGCAGGAACACAACAUGUUGGAGGAAGUCCUGACAUCAAUCAAAAAUAUCAAGGCAAAGUAUGACAAUCUGAUCCAAGAAAAUACAGAGCUGAAUAACACCAAAAAGGAUAAUGAGGAGAUUAUUCAAAAGUGUAAAAAGCGCUCCCUUAAACUUGCCCAGACUGUGGAGGAGAACCAGGAAAUGUACAAGGAGCAGCUCGAUAAGGAAUUGUUAAAAUCGAAUUUGCUAAAGGAAGAGGAGUUGGCGCUGAUGGAGGAAAUCAAGAAUGUUGAGAAGGCCUUUCAGGAGGAGAAGAAUAUAAAUGACCAUCUGAAACACCAGGCUCUUGCCUUCUCCUGCUUGCCAGAGAAAAGGGUAGUUUUUACCGGAAAAAAGACAAACAACGUAGCCAAAGAAGAGAAAAAGUUUGACGUUAAACCACAUAUUAUUUAUCCAAUGGAAGAAGGUACAGCACUGAUCACGUUUGAGAAGGAAGUGGUGGCUGGGAACAUUCUGAAACUGAAGCAGCACCAGGUGGUUCUUGAGAAAGAAUGCUUUAUUACCUUGGAGGCACGUGCUGUUCACUUGCUGCUGCCCUCAUUGGUGGAGAUUGACACUGCGGUUUGUCCCAGACGCAUAUUAAUAUCCAAUCUGCCUGAAAUGAACACUGAGACUCUUCUCGACAAGCUGAACAUCCACUUCCACAGUAGUAGACGUGGAGGCGGGGAGGUGGAGAGCUGCGAAUUUCUGGCCGAUUCUGGGACUGUGGUUCUCACGUUUGUUAAUCCAAACAUUGCUGGAGGUUUGAUAGAGGCCGAGUACCACGAUCUAAAGCUGAACAACAAUAAGGUGCACAGAAUAAGAGUGACUCAUUUUAUGAAUGGAGGACUUUCCGACUUUCAGGCCAAGAUGGUUCAGUGUCCUCGGACAAUUCUUUUGACUGGAAUCCCUCCUGUUAUGGCCCAAGAGACCCUGCAAGACAUGUUAGAAAUCCACUUUCAAAGAAGCAGCAACGGUGGGGGAGAGAUUGAAGCCUUACUCUACAACCCAGUGGCUCAGAAGACCUCAGCAGUGUUUGAGAGCAUUGAUCCAAAUGAGGAGGAGCAGUAAACAAACAAAUUGUGUUUGAUGAUAAAACAUUUUUGACCAAUACAGACACGAUUUACAGGCAUUGCUCUGGGGUGUUAUGAUACUGUCAACUCACGAUAUGCUACAAAUCAUCGUUUUUUGUUUUGUUUAUGAUACGAUUUUAUUAUUAACAAUAUGAGCCCCAGUCACAUUUGACCAAAUGCCAUUUGACAUGGCGGCUGGUGGAUUCGAACCUGCAACCUUCCGGACCCAAGUCUGCUUCCUUAACCACUAAGCCACCACUGUAUAUGGGGGUUUCCUUCAAUCCUGUUCCUGUCUGUCCUGUUUCCUGAGUUAAUUACUCAGUUCAGUUUUGUUGCAUUUCCUGCCUGUUCUGAUAUCCAUAUCCUGUUUUGAGUAUUAGACUUUGUGAUUAAAGAAAACUGUACCUGAUCCCAGUCACAUGAGUGCUACUUUUGGUUCCGGUCUGCCCACUCAUAACAGCAACCUCCUCUGUUCCUGCAAUACUGACUCUCUUUUCAGGUCAGCUACUCUGAACAAAACAGAGUAAAAAUGUAUGAAAUAAACAAUAUGUAUACAGUA